AUGUUCAUCGACUAUGAGUACGCGGAUUUCAACUAUACCCUCUUCGACAUAGCCAACCACUUCUGUGAAUUUGCAGGAGUUGAGGAUCCUGAUUACAAUCUCUGCCCGGACCGUGAAGAAAUGCGUACAUUUUUACAAUUUUACUUGGAAGCCAGGCAUGACCAUGUGGACGAAGCUGUAUUAGCAAGAAUGUUGGACCGCGUUUCACUAUUUCAGGCGUCUGCUCACCUCCUAUGGUCGGCGUGGGCUUUGGUGCAAGCACAAAACUCAACGCUUGAUUUCGAUUAUGCCAGCUAUGCCACAACUCGAUAUGAGCAGUAUGAGAUUUGCCUGAACAAUUACUUGAUGCAAGAUGACGAUUUGUGA